GAAUUACGAUCCGAUCGUUUUUGUCAGAAUGUUUAAGCAGUAGUGGUAAAUAUGUAAAAUGAUUGUUGUUUUUUAAUGUUAUAUCUGACAUGACGAUCAUAUUUAUUGUUGCAGGUUUCUAUUCAACAUCCAUCCAGCUCUUUGUAUGUUUGGCAAUAACUAUUCUUGUAAAGUCUGUGAGCCCGGCACCUGUAUCAGUUGCCUCCUCUGGUGACACCGGUAAUAAAAAUUCCAUCACCGUCGCUAACAUGGCUAACAUGGCAAAAAUUAUAGCAGAGGAGGCUAGAGAAUUAUACCAAGAGAUUUGCAAGACUCACAAUCUAUGCACCAACAGUAUGGAACAUAAUUUGAAACAAGAGCUGAAUCUCCCAGAAAUUACUGAUAGAUGUCUGAGCGUCCAAUUUAAUGAGGAUGAAUGUCUACCUAAGAUUCACAAAGAUCUUCUCAGGUUCCAAAAAUACUUGACCUUUUUGAAGAAAUCUUUAAAAAGUGAAAAGGAAAAAGUAGAGUCCGUACAGCACAAGACCAAGAUUUUGGCAGAAGCCAUAAAGAACGUAAGUAUCAUUCUAAUAACAUGACUUUGUCUUGAAAUGAAGCAAACAAGGGGAUCUCAAUU